AUGAACCGGGGCAAAUACCAUAAUGUUGAAGUGAACCGGGUCAAAUACCAUAAUGUUGAAGUGAACAGGGUCAAAUACCAUAAUGUUGAAGUGAACCGGGGCAAAUACCAUAAUGUUGAAGUGAACCAGGGCAAAUACCAUAAUGUUGCAGUGAACCGGGUCAAAUACCAUAAUGUUGAGGUGAACCGGGGCAAAUACCAUAAUGUUGAAGUGAACUGGGUCAAAUACCAUAAUGUUGAAGUGAACCGGGUCAAAUACCAUAAUGUUGAAGUGAACAGGGUCAAAUACCAUAAUGUUGAAGUGAACCGGGUCAAAUACCAUAAUGUUGCAGUGAACCGGGUCAAAUACCAUAAUGUUGAGAUGAACCGGGUCAAAUACCAUAAUGUUGAGAUGAACCGGGGCAAAUACCAUAAUGUUGAAGUGAACCGGGUCAAAUACCAUAAUGUUGCAGUGAACCGGGUCAAAUACCAUAAUGUUGAAGUGAACCGGGUCAAAUACCAUAAUGUUGAAGUGAACCGGGUCAAAUACCAUAAUGUUGAAGUGAACCGGGUCAAAUACCAUAAUGUUGAAGUGAACUGGGUCAAAUACCAUAAUGUUGAAGUGAACCAGGGCAAAUACCAUGAUGUUGAAGUGAACCGAGUCAAAUACCAUAAUGUUGAAGUGAACCGGGUCAAAUACCAUAAUGUUGAAGUGAACCGGGUCAAAUACCAUAAUGUUGAGGUGAACCGGGGCAAAUACCAUAAUGUUGAAGUGAACCGGGGCAAAUACCAUAAUGUUGAAGUGAACCGGGUCAAAUACCAUAAUGUUGAAGUGAACCGGGGCAAAUACCAUAAUGUUGAAGUGAACCAGGACAAAUACCAUAAUGUUGAAGUGAACCGGGUCAAAUACCAUAAUGUUGAAGUGAACCGGGUCAAAUACCAUAAUGUUGAAGUGAAGCCGUUUUAUAUAUAUAUUUUUUUUUCAACUGAUAUUAUUUCGCCUAAUCUUUGA